AGAGAGUAAAGAGAGAAAAUUUUAGUGCUAAUUGCCUUGGUGAUGUCGGUAUCAUUCCAUUAUGUUCAAACAGUAUCUAAGAUUUAAUUUGAGGCCUAAAGGAUAUAUAGAUGUUUGAUUCUGCCCAGGGAUAUAAGCAUUAGCUUCAUUAUUAUGGGUCAAUCAUCUAGAUAUUAUUCUUUUCCAUCAUGUCUGGCCAAUUCACAGUGGAAAAGGAAGGUAGCAUCAAAAACAAAAAAAAUCCAGCUAGCAUUGUUAAAGAUUUAAGUAGUGAGAAUUUAGGGGAAAUGUAGAUUUCAUUUCUCUAUUCUUCAUGAGCUGAGAUGGUGCAGGACUGAUGCUAUUGAUAUUUUUCCCCUAAAACAUUUCCUUUUGACUUCUCAUUAUAUUUGUGCUAUCUUCCAAUCAUAAAAUCUUUUUAUAUGGAGUAUUUAUGUCUACUCCAAGUUUCUGUUGCUUUCUAAUAUUGCAGAUAAAAUUAGUGCUUGUGGUUGGUGGUGUGUUCUGUCAUCUAAAACAGUUCUGUCUUAAAGGUGGUGCAAUAGAAGCUGGCCCAGUGGAAGAAACUUGUCAGUGAUUGUACUUCAUAUUGGAAGUAGAAUCUGGAAUCAAGAUUUUACCCCUUUAAGCAGCUCUGAUGGCACAAAGAAGAAGGUCCUUCAGUGUAGGGGAAGCAGUGGAGGCACUUGUGGGACCUGAUGGACAAAAAUGGGCUGAUAUGGAUCCAGAAGAACGAAUGUUAGUAGCCGCUAAAGCUUUCCCUCACAUCUGUGCAGGCCACGGUGAGGGAGAUGUCAGAAGAGAAGCCCAGUCCCUCCUGUAUGAUCCCUACAGUAAAGCCUCAGUAACCUCAGGAAAGCAACCUGCUUUUCCUGCACAACUGCAUUACCCACAUACAGAAAGCAAUGCCCCUUCAGAAGCAGUCUCAGAGAACUCCCAAAGACUCCGAAAGCCAGUUAUGAAGAGAAAGGUGCUGCGUCGAAAGCCAGGUGGGGAAGUAUUAGUGACGGAUGAGUCAAUGAUCAGUGAAUCAGAGUCUGGUACAGAAAGUGACAUGGAUGUCUGGGACUUAAGACAAAGGCUGAUGAAUAUGCACUUCCAGGAAGACAGGGAAUCUCCAGUUGAUAUUUCACAAAAAUUUAGUCUACCACAUGAAUACCAAGGAAUUUCUCAAGAUCAGCUCAUUUGCUAUCUACGAAGAGAAGAAAUGGGCCCUCCAGCUUAUGAACAAGACCUGAUUGUUGCCAGCCGGCCCAAGUCCUUUAUCCUCCCAAGGCUGGACCAGUUGAGCCGAAACCGGGGCAAGGUAGACCGGGUAGCCCGCUAUUUUGAAUAUAAACGAGACUGGGACUCCAUGCGGUUACCUGGUGAAGAUCAUAGGAAGGAAUUACGCUGGGGUAUCCGAGAGCAGAUGCUUUGUCGUGCAGAAGCCCAGUCCAAGCCUCAGCAUAUAUAUGUUCCAAACAAUUACCUAGUGCCAACUGAGAAGAAACGAUCUGCCCUUCGCUGGGGUGUUCGUUGUGACCUUGCAAAUGGUGUGAUGCCCAAGAAACUUACUUCCUUCCCUCUUUCUCCUUCUUAAGUCUUUUUUUUUUUUAAACUUGUCUCUGUUUUCACAGGAUUGUUUGCAUAACCUGGUUCUUAGUACCUCUCCUUUAUUUAAAUAGAAACAACUAACUCAAAAUACCAUGGAACAUAGAGUAAGGACUUCACCCAUCACUGGUCUUUUCUAGGUAUAUGUCACAUUGGUAUCUACCACUUAACUUCCAAAUGACCAUCAAAUCUAGCAACUGCAAGAGGAAUCAUGCCAGAAAAACAGACCUAGGCUUUCUGUUUUGUCUUAGUGAGCAAAGCCAGCACUUGUUUCAUGAACUUGUUACCUUUGGCCAAUGUGAGUUGCUGUUUUUAUCAGUGUGUUUUUAAAGUUGCUGAGCAGUAAGCUUACCUAUUAAACAGUUUUGGAAAUUUGU